AGAACAAGCAACAUUAAACUCGUGUUGAAGAUGAGAAGAAACAAAGAGGCUACACUUCAGCUUUUAUCAACUCUAGAGAGAUUAUUUAGCGAACACGACACAACUCCUGCCUUUCUUCAUUAUAUCCUGGCUCUUGACUGUCAAUUCCUCUGUGAAAGCGAUCAGGAAUAGCGGACUUUUACCGUGUUCAUAUGUAAACAGACCUGAUGGAGGACACACACCGUCAUGAGAAAAUGAGUGAAAAAACUGACUCACUGAAGAGAAAAGACAAAGAACGUGUCACCUGCACUCAGUGUGGAAAGAGUCUUGCAAACAAAAGGAGUCUCGGGAAACACAUGAGGAUCCACACUGGAAAGAAACCAUGCACAUGCACUCAGUGUGGGAAGAGUCUGGCAAACAAACAGAGUCUCGGGUGUCACAUGAGGGUCCACACCAGAGAGAAACCGUUCACUUGUUCUCAGUGUGGGAAGAGUUUCGGACACUUAUCAAACCUUAUUAGUCACAUGCUGAUCCACAAUGGAGAUAAAACACACAAAUGUGAUCAGUGUGGGAAAACAUUUUUGAGGGGUUCAGACCUGAAGAGCCACCUUAGAGUUCACACAAAGGAGAGGCCUUAUCCAUGCUCUGUGUGUGAAAAGAGUUUCAGACAUCAAGUUAGUUUAAGAAAUCAUCAGAAGACCCACACCGGUGUGGGAGAGUACAGGUGCUUGGAGUGUAAGAAGACCUUCAUUACGGCUGAAAAUUUGAAAAUACAUGAGAGAAUUCACACUGGAGAGAAACCUUACAUUUGUUCACUGUGCAAUAAGAGAUUCAGUCAGUUUGCACAAAUGAAAUCACAUGAGAGGGUUCACACUGGAGAGAAACCGUACAAGUGUUCACACUGCGACAAGCGAGUCAGUGAUUUAGGAAAUCUGAGAAAACAUGAGAGGAUUCACACUGGAGAGAAACCUUACAUGUGUUCACACUGCGACACGAGAUUCAGUGAUUUAGGAACUCUGAAAAGACACAAGAGGAUUCACACUGGAGAGAAACCUUACAAGUGUUCACACUGUGACAGGAGAUUCAGACAGUUAGGAAACCUGCAAACACAUGAGAGGAUUCAUACCAGAAAGAAACUGUACGUUCACACCGAAAGCAGCGAGAGCAUCAAAGUAGGCGAAAGUCAAUGAGAGCCGGCGGCGCGGAGCAGGGCGGCGCAUCUUGGCUGAUGUUGGCGUCGAGGACAGUUGAAAUUAAGUCAGCUUUAUGGUAAUAAGCUAUGACAGGGUUCCGCGGCAACCAAUCAGAAUGUAGAAGUCCACCGCUUGAGAGGAGUCCAGAGAACACAGUCACUGUGAACUUUGGUUCUGACCACAGUUGUUCCCAAGGGUUUGAUUAUUACGGUCGUCAGAUUUCCAAUUAUUUACAAUGUUUUCUUACAGGAACAUACAUAAAAAAGAUCCUGGCGAAUUACUGAUGUACAUUAAUUGUUUUUUUUUUUUCUUUAAAAAAGGGGGAAACUCGUGCGACAAUACAAAACAGUGCUGCUGCUUCAGGAUAUUACAGACAUAUGGACACAGUGGAUAAGUAGAGCAAAGCCAGACCACAAGCAACUUGAUCUUCCGUAGUUAAAUGAGUUUGAGAAUAAGAGCUGAAGGCAGACAGCGUUGUUACCAGGGUGGUCCACAGUGUUUUUUAAAGGUUUGAUGGUGUUUAUGGGGUGCAAAACAAUGUGUGUUCAUGAUUCAUCUAUAAAAACUCUCGAGACAACCUGAGCUCAAACUGCCCUCUUGCCCUGCAAAGGGAGGGACCCUGUGCUCAAGGAUCUUGUGAGCUCAGGGCUGUCCCCCGGGACAGCAUGCCAAACAAGCUUUACAAUCGAUCAUCAGCUAAGUGUGAACUCUUGAAUAUGUUGUGAUUGGCGGGUCGGCUCCACAUCACCAGGAAACGUCAUGCCUCUCCUGCAUGCUGUCUGUUAAUAAUGUCAGUGAAGACGUAUCAGUUUGAGUCAGACACAGAAAUGAAGAGGACACAGCUGAAGCCAUGCAAACACGACUCUUGCAAGAUGUUUCUGAAUGCUGUGUUUUUGUUUUGUUCAUUGGUAUGAGGAGGAAUGUGGUCAAGCCGUCAGCAUUUGAUAGAAAUAGUUAAAGCAGAUCAAACAGACAGAGUAACUCUUUCUAAAUUACAGAUUUGCUCAGUUAUUUGUCCUAGCCCACUCAGUACAGUGUAUUUACUAUUGCAUGCAGUUUUAUAUAAUGUGGUUUUACCUUGUGAGCGACAGUAGUAAACAAAUUAAAGAAACAUUCAAAUA